AUGAUUACGUCACUUCCCCACGAUAUCAUCGUCGAUAUUUUGGCGCAUGUGUCGAGAUGGGACUAUCCAACUCUCUCCCUUGUCUCUAAAUACUUCCGGUCACUCGUUUCCUCGUCUGAGCUAUACGCUAGACGAUCCUUGUUGGGCUACACCGAAGCUUGUAUAUAUUCUGUUCUCUUUAAUAACGACACUGGUAAUCAGUUGUAUGUUCUUCGUAGUCGUCGUCUAAAAGGAAACAACACCAGUUCUUCUUUUGUCCGUAUCGCGUCGCUUCCUCGUAUUCCUUUCCAAGCAAGUUAUGUCUCGGUUGGUCGGGAGAUAUAUGUGUUGAGUGGAUUUUCGAGAUCAAAUUCCUACAGCAUCGACUGUAGAUCUCACACUGUGCAGCCCUUCUCCGAAAAUCCUCAUGGACCCAAGGCUAGAAGGUUUGUUGACGUCAUCGACAAAAAGAUUUUCGUAAUGGGACUGUGCGAUGAGCAUGACGAAACAAAUUUAAUGAAGGUAAUGCUGGUGUUCAAUACAGAAACACAAACGUGGGAGCCUGAGAUGACAACAAAGCCAAGUUUAGAGUUAAGUCGGUUCUGGUGUGAAUGCGCGGUGAUUGCGGAUAAGAUGUACGUGAGGGAUUGUUCUUCUAAGGAGAGCUUUGUUUACGAGCCAAAGGAAGACAGAUGGGAAUUGGACGAGGUGUUGAAUUCUUAUAACUGGUACCGUGGGUGCGUUCUUGAUGACGUAUUGUACUACUAUGAUCCUUUUGAGAACAAGUUAAGAGCGUAUGAUUCAAAGCAGAAGUGUUGGAAAGUGGUGAAAGGUUUGGAAGAAUUUUUGCCUCAUGUAGCUUUUCCAUG